GAUUGAUCGCAAACCCGAGAGAAAUUAAAUAACAACUCAAGUAACUGUAUACAGUGAAGUAGCGGUGCAUUACUAAGGAUCAACAGCAGGAACGGUGUUGUGUUGUGUGCCUUUGCGUCGAAUUCGAAACGAAAACGCAAAAUUAGUGAAAAUGUUCAAGUUUGUGUGUUUGUUCGCCCUGGUGGCCACCAGUGCCGCCUCCAGCGCCAAUCAAGUCUCCGAGACAGACAGCCUCCUGACCAAUGCUCUUAAAAUGGUCAAGGAGUGCGGUGAUCGUUCAAUGGUUUUGUGCAUGAAGGAACGCGCGUUACACUACUUCGACACGGAGAAUGGAGACGUCAAAUUGACUGAAGGAAUUUCGUUGAUAAAAACCGAUGACAUCCCAGUGGGGCGUUCUUUAAACGAUGCUGCCUUGCCCGAGGAACCCGAAGCGCGUGAAAACGAGGUCGAUGCUUUGCUAGUGGAGCGUGUGGCGCGAUUCUUCGGCACACACACACUGCAAUUCAAAGUGCCCAAAGACUCCAUUCAGGAUAUGCAACGUGCACUCGAAGAAUCGCGUGGCAAGAAGAAGGAAAAGAAGAAGUACCUCCUGCCUCUGUUGAUGCUCUUCAAAUUGAAGAUGGCCGCACUCCUUCCGCUCGCCAUCGGUUUCCUAGCUCUGAUCUCCUUCAAAGCGCUCGUCAUUGGUAAGAUCGCAUUGCUGUUGAGCGGCAUCAUUGGCCUGAAGAAGCUGCUUGAAUCGAAGAAAGAAAACUACGAAGUCGUGGCACACCCCCACUACUCGCACGAAGAACACGGCUACGCACGCUCAAUGAACGAAGCGCAAAAGCUGGCCUACUCAGCGUAUCAGCAAUAGGAGGCGAAGGCGAACGUGGCUAAACGGGAGUGCAAUAUGUAUAUCCUGAAAAAAAAACUAACAAAAACAAACCUAAUAUAAUUUUCUAAUUUAUUUAUUUAUUUAAUUUAUAACAAUAAUUGAGUUUAAUCUAGAGCAAUUUUUUGUUUUAAAAGAACCAAUAAUGAACGCCAUGCUUUUUUGUACUUUAAUCGGGGCAGAGCGGGGUAUACAAAUUUUGAAAUGAAGAAAUAUGAAAAAUUAGUGAAAAUUGCAGUGCAAAUACAAACUUUGGUUAGUGUGGAAAGCUAAGUAGAAAGUAUCUAGUUGUGGAAAACGGAGAAUUAUUCUGAAAUUAAGUCACGAAAGCAAUGUUAAACUCCAUCAGCAGCGUGGUGGGUGUCAUUAAAGAGCUACUUUUUGCAAUUAACUAAUAUUAAGUAACUCAUAGUCAAAUCAAAUAUUUUUUAUAUAUUUGCACAUUCACAUAUACAUACAUAAGGAUUACGUUCCCAAUGUUUCGCGUCGGUUUCAUUUUAUGCCAGCUCAGCUCCCCGCCUGCUCGCCUACUAUGUAGUCCAAAUAUGAGCUCACUUAAGUGCUUAAACUAAAAUUUAUCUACACCCAACCAAGUAGUUUAUAUUUUAUUAUAACUGUAUUAACUUUAUUGUACUGGUUAUGUACUUAUAUUCACCACUUAUUGUGUUCUGUUAGACUAGUACUAACUGCAUUAGCGUACUUUCGAGGUACUCAACUAAGUACUUUAACAUUUGUAUUAACAGUUUAACAAAGCUUCGCCUACUCUAUUUUUUACUCAAAUUAAAGACUGGUCCUACGGUUCCACACGCACGCUGACUUCAUGUCUUAGCACAUGCGGCAACUGAGGACACUUAAGCUAUGACUAACGCACUUAACGCUUAAUCUGAUUACUUCACCAAAAAACAAUUUACAAGCUGUAGCUGAAAGUUUUCAAAGUUCCAAAACCUACUCGUUUUUCAUUACAACGCUUUUAGACACGCUCACAUAUUUUGUACACACACACAUAUACAUACAUAUAUGUAUGUUCACAGUUCGCAAAAACUAUCUGAACUUACUAAAUCAUGCUCUCUUCUCCAUCCGCUAUCGCUUAACAUCUUUUAUAAUCUGCGCAAAGUACAAAACUAACAAAAACACUAAUUUUAUUACGCUCCAUUGCAACGCAUUUAACUCAAUUCCUUCAAUAUUUACUCAAUUCAAUUAUCCACAAAGAGAGAAAUGCAUUUGAAACUCAUUGAAAUUAAAAACAACACUAAUUAUUGUAAUCACAUAACGUUUUCACCUCCAGCAUCUUAGUGUCUUGUAUUGCCCUUUCGGCAUUCAGCAUUCGGUGCAGCCAAAAAACGAAAUUUUGCAUUUAAAAUAUUGAAUAUUUUAUCAAAUAAGGACGCUUA